GCAGAAUUGAAAGUAGAGCUGCGGGGUGAGCGCAGAAACAGGAGCAACGAAUGGAAAAGAACACCUGCAGGAAGGGCAACGGACCGAGCAGAAAACGAAAGCUGCUCUGUCAUUUAUCGCUGUCACCACUAUGGAUGAAGAUAACCCAGCUGAGAGCUUCCAGGACGAGGCUUCCUGCUCCCUCUGCUUGGGCUUCUUCCAAGAUCCCGUCUCCAUCCACUGCGGGCACAACUUCUGCAGGGCCUGCAUCACACGCUGCUGGGAGGAAGAGGAGCAAACCUUCCCCUGCCCUCGCUGCAAGGCGACGGCCACGCAGCCAAACCUGCGGCCCAACCGCGAGCUGGCCAAGAUCAUCGAGAUUGCCAAAAGGCUGAGCCUGAGGGCCCCCGGCGCUGGGGAGAGGCUCUGCGAGAGGCACCGCGAGGUCCUGAAGCUGUUCUGCGAGGAGGACCAGGCUCCCAUCUGCCUGGUGUGCAGGGAGUCCCAGGCGCACCGCCUGCACGCCGCUGUCCCCAUCGAGGAGGCGGUGGAGGAGCAGAAGGAGAAAAUCCAGGCUCACGUGCAGAUCCUGAAGGAAAAGAAGGAGAAACUGCAGGGGCUGAAAGAGGCUGAGGAAGGGAAAAGCCUGGAAUUCCUCGAGAAGGUCCAGCAGGAGAGGCAGAAGGUGGCGUUGGACGUCAAGGAGCUGCAGCGGUUCGUGGAGCAACAGGAGCGUCUCCUGUUGGGGCGGCUGGAAAAGCUGGACCAGGAAAUCGUGAGGAGGAAAGAGGAGAACCUGGCCAAGAUCCUGGAGGAGAUCUCCUCCAUCAGUGAGCAGAUCCGCGAGCUGGAGGAGAAAUGCCAGCAGCCACCGUGUGAAUUCCUACAGGACAGCAGGAACAUCUUGAGCAGGCUGGAGAAUGAGAAAUCCCAGAAGGUGACAGAGAUACUGCCUGCAGCAGGAGGGAACCCAACCAGCCCUGCUCAGAAAAACACCUCCCUCAAGGAGACAUUGAUGCAGUUUCGAGAAAGUCUGACGUUGGAUCCCGACACGGCGCAUCCCCGGCUGCUCCUGUCCGAAGACCAGAAAUGCGUGCGAUGGGAAGAAGCCCGGCACCCCACCCCUGACACCCCAAACGCUUUGAUUCGUCCCGCUGCGUCCUGGGCUGCCGAGGCUUCAACGCCGGGCGGCACUACUGGGAGGUGGAGGUGGGAGAUGGGGAGGCGUGGGCCGUCGGAGUGGCCAAGGAGUCGGUGGGGAGGAAGGGGAGGAUCAGCGUCAAACCCGAGGCGGGGAUCUGGGCGGUGGGGCAAUGCGGGGCGCAGUACCAGGCUCUCACGUCGCCCGCCAGCCCCAUCGCGCUGCUCUCUGCCCCCAGGGUGAUUGGGAUUUAUCUGGAUUACGAGGCCGGGCGAGUGGCGUUUUUCGACGCCAACAACGAGGUGCCCAUUUUUGCCUACC